AUGAGUUUCAGGCUGACAGGACUCAAUCCACUCUUCAACAAUUUCUACCACAUAAUCAACAAUAACGAUGCAGAAGCCAUGGUUUUAACUCCAGCUGACGUCAAAGAGAAUCGGAAUUCCUACGUGUUUGUCGUGGAUAUGCCUGGAUUGAAGUCCGGUGAGAUAAGCGUACAGGUAGAGGAAGAUAAUGUAUUGGGAGUCAGCGGUGAGAGGAAGCCAGAAGAACAAGAGGAAGGUGUCAAGUACUUCAUUAAGGAGCGGAGAGGUGGCAAGUUCAUGAGGAAAUUUGUGUUGCCUGAGAAUGCGAAUUUGGAGGCUAUCAAGGCGGUCUGUCAGGACGGUGUUUUGACUGUUACGGUUGAUAAGUUGCCGAGUGCUGAGAAGAAGCCUAAGAUUGUUAAGGUCAAGCAUUCUUCCAGACUAUAA